AUGGCUAGCAAUGAUUAUCGUGCUGAUGUGAAAAAGAAAGAAAGAGGAGUGUUUGGGGUGAGUGACCAAACCGCAAUCUUAGCUAACCAAGCAACCAUGAACAAACAAUUGGAGAUUCUAACCAGAGAAUUUCAUAAUUACACUUUGGCCAACAAACAACAAGUGGCGGCAAUCAGGUGUGAUUUAUGCGGUGAGGGACAUGCUAAUGGAGAGUGUGUUAAUAUUCCUUUCAGUGAAGCACUUGAUCAAAUGCCUGUUUAUGCAAAAUUUAUGAAAGAUCUUUUGAACGGAAGGAGGAAGCCUAGAGAUGAUGAAAACAAAGCUUUGUCUGAAAAUUGUAGUGCCAUACUCCAAAGGAAGUUGCCUCUAAAGCUUAAGGACCCAGGUGCAUUCACCAUACCUUGCACCAUCGGAAAGGUAAGCGUGGGAAAUGCCUUGUGUGAUUUGGGGGCUAGCAUUAAUCUUAUGCCCUCAGCCAUGAUGAAGAAGCUAGGAUGUGGGGAACCUAAACCCACAAAGAUGACACUUACUUUAGCUGAUCGUUCUAUUUCUUAUCCUUAUGGAGUGCUGGAGGAUGUUUUAGUGAAGGUGAAUGAUUUACUUUUCCCUGCUGAUUUUAUGAUUCUUGAUAUGGAGGAAGAUGAUGAACUUCCUUUGUUGUUGGGAAGACCUUUCCUAGCAACCGGUAGAACACUCGUUGAUGUGAAGAUGGGAGAAUUGAUGCUUCGUUUUCAAGAUGAACAAGUUGUGUUUAAUAUUUUUGAAGUUAUGAAACAUAAAAGUGAAAAUCCUCAAUGUUAUCGAGUUGAUGUGGUCGAUCAUAUUGUUGAAGAAACCACAACUAAGGAGUCUCCAGCUCCAACUUUAGAAAGGGUUAUUGUAAAUUCGAUUGAAAGCAAUGAUGAAGACAUGAGUCAAGAGGUAGAAGGGUGUGUUCAACAACUUGCAGCUAGUAAACAAGAACUGUUGUACACAAGGUUUGAAAGCUUGAUCCCACAUUAUGAAAAUGAGACAGCCAAAGAAGAAAAAGAAGGAGGAAACCUUGCUAAAGUUCCUGAAUUAAAAGAGCUACCUUCUCACUUGAAGUAUGUCUGUCUAAGCAAGGAUACCUCAAAACCAGUCAUUAUCAGUAGUACGUUGACACCUCUUGAAGAAGAAAAAUUAAUGAGGGUGUUAAGGGAGAAUCAAGGCGCUUUGGGAUGGCAAAUUUCUGAUCUUAAAGGUAUAAGUCCAGCUUAUUGUAUGCACAAGAAACACCUGGAUGCUGAAUUUAAACCUGUGGUCCAACCACAACGGAGACUCAACCCAACUAUGAAGGAAGUGGUCAAGAAAGAGGUGCUGAAACUUUUAGAUGCUGGCAUGAUUUACCCUAUUUUAGAUAGUACAUGGGUGAGUCCAGUACAUGUGGUCCCUAAGAAGGGAGGUAUGACGGUGGUUGCUAACGACAAAAAUGAAUUGAUUCCUACUAGGACGGUUACUGGGUGGAGGAUGUGUAUAGACUACCGAAGGCUAAAUCAAGCCACAAGGAAAGAUCAUUUUCCGCUACCGUUCAUGGACCAAAUGUUGGAGAGGUUGGUGGGACAAGCUUUCUAUUGUUUCUUAGAUGGGUACUCUGGCAAGUUGGUCACUGCGCCCGUAAUCAUUGCUCCUGAUUGGGAUUCUAAUUUUGAACUCAUGUGUGACGCUAGUGAUUACGCGGUUGGAGCAGUGCUUGGCCAACGUCGUGAGAAAUUUUUCCAUGCAAUUUAUUACUCAAGUAAAGUUCUUAAUGAAAAUCAAGUUAAUUACUCUACAACUGAAAAAGAAUUGCUUGCGGUAAUAUUUGCGUUGGAAAAAUUUUGGUCCUACCUAAUUGGCUCCAAGGUUAUUGUUUUUACAAAUCACGUAGCGUUAAAGUACCUACUGACAAAAGGGGAUUCAAAGCCCCGUUUGUUGAGAUGGAUCUUGCUUCUGCAAGAGUUUGAUAUAGAGAUCCGAGACAGGAAGGGAGUUGAAAAUGUGGUAGCUGACCACCUCUCUAGACUGGAGAACAAAGAGGUUACAAGCAAAGAGGGGGCCAUAAUGGCUGAGUUCCUAGAUGAACAAUUGUUCAACGUGAGAGAAAGGCCAUGGUUUGCUGACAUGGCUAACUUUAAGGCCGGGAAUUUAAUUCCUGAUGACUUAAGCUGGCAGGAGAAGAAGAAAUUCUUUAAGGAUGCAAACCACUACUUGUGGGAUGAUCCUUACUUAUUUAAGGUAAGCACUGACGGGUUAAUAAGAGGUUGUGUUGCAGGAGAGGAAGCAAAGAGCAUAAUGUGGCACUGUCAUAACUCAGCUUUUGGAGGCCACCACAGUAGUGAAAGAACAGCCGCCAAAAUUCUACAGAGUGGGUUCUGGUGUCCCACACUCUUCAAGGAUUGCCAUGAAUUUGUCCGACACUGUGACAUGUGUGAAAGAACAGGUAAUAUCUCAAAGAGGAAUGAGGUACCCUUAAAUGGUAUCUUAGAAAUUGAACCCAUUGAUUGUUGGGGAAUCGAUUUCGUGGGACCAUUUCCUUCUUCUUACUCUCACUUGUAUAUCCUUGUCUGUGUUGAUUAUGUCACCAAGUGGGUCGAAGCAAUUGCAUGUGUCGCUAAUGACUCCCACACUGUGGUAAACUUUUUGAAGAAGAAUAUUUUUCCUAGGUUUGGAACCCCUAGAGUCUUGAUCAGUGAUGGGGGGAAGCACUUUUGCAACAAAUAUUUAGAAAAUGUGCUUGUCAAAUACAAUGUGAAGCAUAAAGUUGCUACUCCCUAUCACCCUCAGACUAGUCGGCAAGUAGAGGUGUCUAAUAGGCAGUUGAAGCAAAUUCUUGAAAAAAUUGUUGCUGCCUCUAGGAAGGAUUGGUCUAGAAAAUUAGAUGACGCUCUGUGGGCUUAUAGAACCGCGUUCAAGACGCAUUUAGGGUUGUCACCCUAUCAGUUAGUUUAUGGUAAAGUCUGUCAUCUCCUUGUGGAAUUAGAGCACAAAGCAUACUGGGCUAUUAAGGCCCUUAACUUUGAUCAGACCUUAGCUGGUAGGAAGAGGCUAUUGAAGCUAAAUGAGCUUGAGGAAAUAAGGUUGAAGUUGUUUUCCGGAAAACUCAGAUCGAAAUGGUCAGGACCUUUUGUGAUAAAAAGUAUUUCUCCAUAUGGAGCUGUGCAGUUGGCAAAGGCUAACGAGACAGACACCUUCAAGUUGAAUGCUCAAAGGUUGAAGCCAUACUUUGGCGGUGGCCUACCUACUGAAAGGGUGGGACUUGUGCUGAUAGACCUUUAA